CCUGAGGCGGGCAGAGGGAGUGUCUGCCGAGGCUGGGUGGAGGUGUACCAUCGGGCUGACGUCUUGUUAUGGUGAAAGACAUUACAGGAGACAGAAGUACCGUCGGAUAACAGCUCAACAGGGGAGAGACGAGCGCGGAAAUCCGAGGAGCAGCGUUUUUCUUUUUGUUUCCUCCCGUCGUCCACCUGAGACGUGAAGACACGAGGCAUUUAAGCCAUGCAGAGCUCAGUUAAGGCUUCCAAGAGCGAAGGGCCCCUGAAACUAAAGCCAGCUCUGGGGCCUAAACCUCGACUCGCUCCCAAGCCCUUCUCUCUGCAGACGAACACAGCAGUGCGCUCCAUCCACGCUCCAAGACCUGCGUAUUCCACGUCCAAGUCAAAAACAGAAUCGGCUGAUAAAUCGGUGGCUUCAGAUGGCCCCAAAUCACCUGUGACCCCCCCUGUUCAGAAACCACCUCAGAUAAAUUCAGUCUCAGCCACCAAACCCAGCCCUGUUCAAGCUCCCACUAAACCAACACCAACCAAAGCAAGUGCAACACCSCCACACCAGGAGGACUGUACUGAUUCUGAUCCAGCCACUAAAACCACUCCACCUAACAAAACACCAGAGUCUGAACCUGUCCACAAUAACAAUGUUAUCCAAACAAACCACGAAGCCUCCACAGAUACGGUGACUGACUCAGAGCAGGAAGACAAGAUAAAAAAGGAGGAUGAAACUCAGGUUUCUGUUACCAAAAUGCCUAAAGGUUCGAGCAGCGACAGUCCCACUACAACCAAUCCAACAUAUCAUUGGGGUGGGACCAGAAAGCGUCUGUCCAUGGAGCUCACCUCGAAGUUUGAGUUAGGCGGUCCGCCGCCGUCCCCUCAACCUGUGACCACCCCUAAAACCAUCAGAAAAAGUGUUCUGGAUAAACCAGUGUCUCCUGUUCCAGAGCAAAGCCAACCAGCACCAGAACCCUCAAACAGAGAGAGCGAUGCUGGCGACCAGGAGGAGGACUACAGCGGAGGACACAGUAUAAAACUCAGAAUCAGCCGUCUGUUUGACUCGGUGUCSAAGCAGGAGGUCACGACGAAGAAAGAGGAGCUAGAAAUCCCAAACGGCAAUGGAGGGGUGAAGGAGCAGAUAAGGAACUGGGUGGCAGAGACGGGUUCUGAGAGCCCCAAGGUCGAGAAGAAGCCUCAGGUUGCAUCGAGGAUCCGCUCCGAAAGAGUUCCUGAAGUAAAGAAAACACCUGAAACAUUAAACUUGGAGGUUCCUGAAGUGCAGAAAACUCCUCAAAAACCAAAUGUGGAGGUUCCUAAYGCAGAGAACACCCCUGACAAAUUAAUCAUGGAAUUUCCUGAAGUGAAAAAAACACCUGAAACYUUAAAUGUGGAUGUUCCUAAAACAGAGAAAACACCUGAAAAAUUAAUCAUAGAUGUUCCUAAAGCAGAGAAAAUGCCUGACAAACUAAUGGAGGUUCCUGAAGUAAAGAAAACUCCUCAAAACCCAAGUGUGGAGGUUCCUAAAGCAGAUAAAAUAUUUGAAAAAUUAAUCARGGAGGUCCCUAAAGCAGAAGAAACACCUGAAAAUUCAACUAUGGCAGUUCSUAAAGCUAAGCAGAGAUCCACUCAAGCUGUUGAUCCACAGCAAACAGGGUCACCUGCUAAAGAAGCAACAGAGAGCCAGAAAGAAUCGCACAAAGAAUCCCCAGCUGAAGAUACAUUAUCAGGAACCUCAACAGAGACAUCUGAAGAGAGCAACAAACCAACAGGUGGUAUCCUGCUGUGCCAUCAUGACCCAUCUAAAACAGAUGCUGCUGRGMAUGACGGAGGUCCCACUGCUGACCYUUUGUCGAAAAAGAAAAAGGCCAAGCGUCGCUCCGUUCGCUUUGGUACCGUGGUGACAGAUGAUGGCUCGCCUCCAGUGAAACUGGGCUCCGAUUCUGAUUCCAGCACCCAUGAGGAUGAGCAGGCAGACACUGCUGAGGAUAAAAACACGGACGAUUACCUCGCUUCGCAACCUCUUCAUAAAAGACUUGGACUUCUUCAGGGGAGGGAGGUUAAGGUGCAAGAACAAGAAAGGCUGAAACAUCUGGAAUUUCAAAAGAAACAGAAYGAGGAGGAGAGAAAACAGACGAGACUCAACUUAGAAGAGGAGCAYAAACGAGACGAAGAAGAGCAGGAGAAAGAAUGGAUGAAGCAGAGGGAAGAAUCUCGACUCCAGGAGGAGCAGAUUGAGAGACAGAGACUGCAAGAGCUAGAGAAACAAGAAAAGAAAAGAGAGCAGGAACGCUUAAGGGAAGAACAGGAAAGAAUGAUGAAGCUGCUGCAGCAGAAACAAGUUGAAGAGCAAAGGAGGAUACAACAGGAGAGAGAAGAGCAACUUCAACGAGACGAGGAGGAGCGAGAAAGAGAAAGGUUAAAGGAGAAGAAGAGGAGAGAGGAAGCCCUGAUGGAGGAGCGGGAAAGAGAGAGGCUAAAGGAGGAGAAGAGGAGAGAGGAAGCCCUGAUGGAGGAGCGGGAAAGAGAGAGGCUAAAGGAGGAGAAAAGGAGAGAGGCAGCCCUGAUGGAGGAGCGGGAAAGGAGAGAGGCAGCCCUGAUGGAGGAGSGGGAAAGAGAGAAGCAGAAAAAAGAGGAAGAGAGAAUAAUUCAAGAGGAGAAAGUGAGGAACUCAAAUAGAAGUAGAGAGGAUAAAUUUCAACUAGAAGAGUGGGAAAAAGAAAUCUUAAGGAAAGAUGCUGAGGAAGAGAAGCUCAAAAAGCUGAAGGAGGAGAAAAAAAGACACAAGCUUAGUAGGACAGAUGAGGGGAGCGCAAAUCUGAUCAAUAUGGACCCUGACGAUUGGGCUCAGACGUCAGAGCCAGUGCUUUCCCCUGCGUCCAACAUCAGCACGCCCAUAGAGAAAAUAAUCGAUAUGGUUUUCGACGACUUCUCCGUCAAACAGCCCGACAAAGACAUGGAGUUUGACGAUUUCUCCGUCAAACCAAGAAAACGGCCCUUACAGACCAAAGUAGAAAGCACCAGCUACAGCUGGGCUGCCAAUCCUCCAGAAAGAAAGGAUUUGCUGAUGUUCUUGGAUGAUGAUGUUGAAACUCUGGACAAUGAGAAAAAACAGCGGGUGGAAAAAGACCCGGUGUUUAAUCCAGUUCUGGCGAGCCCAGAAAAAAUACAGAUGGAGGUGUUGAUGGAUGUGGAUAUGGAGGAGAGGGCAGCAGAGGAGGAGGAGGAGGAGGAGGAGGAGGAAAAGUCAGAGGAAGUUGAGGAGUUUGAAGAAGAGAAGCUUGUCUUUGUGGAAGUGGAGGAGAGUGAGGAAGAUGUGGAGAUGGAGGAGGAUGAAGAUGAAGAGGAGGACAACAAAGAGGCGCAGGUUAACAGUUACAUCAUAAGCGAUGAGGAAAAACUCACAGAUGCUUUGUCGGAAGAGGAAUCACACCAGCAGGAUGACAUCUGUGAGAAAACAUCUGAAACGGAGAGUCCACAGCCCAUCCCAGAUGUCCCCUUUAAUGAUGUUGAUGCCACUGAUUCUCACAAAGAGGCAGAUUUUACUGCAUUCCCUGAGAUCUCCACUCCUCUCCUCGACACCAGCUCACAGAGAUCUAAAGCGCAGCUGAGUAGGAGGCGAACUCGAUCGCGUCCAUCACGCUCGUUCCGCAUAGGGGCAGGUCAGACAGACGAACCAAGCUGGAGCGUCUACCACCCCACAGCUGAAAAAGAGGCACAGAAGGAGUCCGAUUCUGAGGAGGACCAGCCUAAACCAAAGGUUGCUGUUUCUCCCGUUCCCCCCACCCAGAAAGUUUCUGUGUUUCCUGGUAUGAGCCCUGCAUCCCUACUUGCUGAGCUGAAGAAGAAAAAAGGUGGAGGAGGACCUGUAGCAGAAGAGGAGAAAAAAAAGAACAAAAGAGCAGAAGAGACAGAAAAUCCAAAUGAAGAAGUAGCGCCGUCUCCCUCCCAGCUCUCGCAAUCACCUCGCUUGUCCGCUCUUGCAGGAGCUACACGGGUUCUGCCACCCAUAGGCAGCAAGGACGGAGGUGCCUCCUCUUCUCCAGCGUGGCUGAAAGAGCUGAAAUCCAAGAAGCGUAUGACUCAGCAUGGUGGUAAAACUUAGCCAGACGCAAGAGACGAUGUGCCGUCGCUCCUCAGUCAGCUCGUCUCAGCUUCACCAUGGCUGCUCCAUCCCGCACUGUCAGUGCCUUAUUUUGAAUUUUUUUUUUUUUUACCUUUCCUUAGACUUUGUGUAGAAGAACGGAAUCUUUUCCUGGACAUGGAGGCAAUAAGGACUUUUUAUAUCUUUGUCAAUGAAAAAAAUGGUGCCAAGGCUAUGUGCAGUCACUGUAAUGAUUUUAAUGCCAAGAAGAUGUUUUAUAAAAUGUGGUCUGGAGGGUAAAACACUGAGUGUGCUUUAAAGAAAAGCCAUCUGCUGUUACUGUUUGAAUGUGUAAGGCCAUCAGAAAAAGACUGAUGACACUAAAAUCUUUAUGCAUGUUUGCCUUUAUGUAGUUGUCAGAGUUAAUAUCAUUUUUAGCAUUUCUUUUUCUUUAAUUCCAACUUUAACUUUCACAGCUAAACAUCCCAAUCCUAGCCUAAAUUAUCUACGGUACUUUGAGCCUCACUUUUAGCUCUUGUUUUGUUUUUUACAAGGCUUUCCAGUUUAGUGAGGAUCUAUUACAAGCUGUAAAAACCAUGGAACAGAAGGGAUAUACCUAAUGUGUGUUUAGUUAUUUUUUAUACUAUGUUUCCAAAAACAAAGAACGCUUCAAGCACUUUAACAAAAACUAUGACAAGAUUUAACCUGUUCAGUACAACUGAGCUAAAUAUGAUACAUACUGUACAUAAUUUAUUAACUCGGUCAAGGGAUUUUUUGUUGUUGUUGUUACAGCUUUGUCAGACUUGGAUAAAAGUAGUUUUAUUAACAUACCCAGUAGCUUGUUACAACAUUAAUGUUAAGAUGAGACUUCAGGAAAUGUGUGUGUAUAAGUGUGUGUUUGUUUCUAAAACUUGGAAAGUGCAUUACCCAGUUCAAAAUUCUUUUAUGUGCCUUUUUAAUGCUGAAAAAACAAAUGCCAUGGAUUACGUGAUCAUUUAAGAUCAUCAUGCUGUUUGUUUAAUGGAAAUGGAGGGAAUUUUAUUAAAACUUUUUCUAUGAAAUGAA